AUGGCUGAUCACACUUCUCCGGACUACUUUAGCUGUACACUAUGCGUGAACCUCCUAAGGGACCCUGUGGCUAUUCCUUGUGGCCACAGUUUCUGUAUGGACUGCAUCAGUGGAUACUGGAAUGAAGCGGACUACACGGGUAUUUAUAUUUGCCCUCAGUGCAAGAUCACCUUCACCCAGAGGCCUGUGCUACGGCCCAACGCUACACUCAGCAUGGUGGCUGAAAAGAUCAAGAAGAGCGGUCUGAAUCUCAAUGUCCACUUGCCCCAAGGGAACGGCUAUGCAGGACCAAGCGACGUCCCCUGCGACUUCUGCUCUGGGAAGAAACUCAAAGCCGUCAAGUCCUGUCUGAACUGUUUGGCAUCCUACUGUGAGAAACACCUGAAGCCCCACUAUGAAUCAGCCACAUUCAAAAGGCACAAGUUGGUGGACGAAUUGGGAAACCUGGACAGGAAGAUCUGCCCUCAGCACCAGAAGUCUUUGGAGCUCUUCUGUCGAACCGACCAGAUGUGUAUCUGUGCCCUCUGUACAGUCAGUGAACACAAAGGCCACGACAUUGUCUCCGCCGAGGCCGAAAGGAGUGAAAAACAGAAACUCUUGGGAAUCUCCACAUCAGAGAUCAGACAAAAAUGCCAAGAACGUGUAAAGGAGCUGGAAGAGUUGAAGACCGCAGUGGAUUCACUAAAAAAUUCGGCCCAGCGAGCUAUGGUGGAGAGUCAGAAGAUGUUCGAGGACAUGAUUCGUUCCAUCGAAAGGAUGAGGUCAGAGGUGACCAAGCUGAUUGGGAUCAACGAGAAAGCUGCAUUCAACCAAGCCGAAGCUUUGAUCGAGCGUUUGGAACAGGAGAUUGAUGAACUGAAGAAAAAGGAGUCAGGAUUGAAGCAGCUUUAUAGUACAGACGACCACAUCCACUUUUUGCAGAACUUCAACUACCUUUGCACCCCCACUGAUGAUGGCUUCAUACCAAAGGUGACGGUCAACCCUGACUUUUCCUUCGGAGCUGUCAGGAAAGCUGUGGCCGAGAUCAAGGAACGUCUAGAAGAGUUUGGUAGGGAAGAGCUGCUGAGGAUCUCCAAGACGGUGAAUGACGUUCCGGUUUAUACAACAGAAAGUCGAACACUGGACAGGAGGAGCAGAGGUAAAGACCACAACAUGACAACAGUGGACAAUACACAUGCUACACCAGAGCCAAGAAGCAGAUCAGAUUUUGUCAAAUACUUCUGCCAACUGAAGUUAGAUCCGGUCACAGCUUACAAAGAGCUGUACAUCUCUGAGCACAGUAGAAAAGUCAUCCGAACCAGGGAUCUGCAACCUUAUGGAGAAAACCCAGAGAGGUUUGACAGUUUUGCCCAAGUUCUAUGCCGGGAGGGUCUCUCCGGGGGGCGAUUCUACUGGGAAAUCGAGUGGAGCGGAGAAUUCUCCAUCGGCGUGGCCUACAAAGGCAUCAGCCGUAAGGGUAAAGGUUCCUUGUGUCUGCUGGGCUACAAUGACAAAUCCUGGAGUCUCCUCUGCUCUGACACGGGUUACUCAGCCUGGCACAACAGGGUAGAUAAAGCAGUCAGCGGCCCUCACUCCCCGAGAAUAGGCGUAUACUUGGACCACAGUGCAGGCACAUUGGCGUUUUAUAGCAUUGGAAGCAGUAUGACCUUGCUGCACCGGUUCGAAACCACCUUCACUGAGCCCCUUUAUCCUGGCUUUGGAGUCGGAACCUCUGUCAAAAUCUGCAACAUCAAGUGA